GAAGACACCAGCAGAAGACACCAGCAGACACCAACAGACACCAACAGACGACAUGCUCCAGAAAGCGUUGGUCAUGUCCUCGCUGCUCUUCGCAAUCUUCGGGGCUAUAAAUAGCAUUCCCAGACAGCGCAAGCGGUCAGCGGAAUUAAUGUACGGCCAUUAUGGACCCGGAGCUCACUGUGAGGUUAAUGGAGAACUGAUACCCCACGGCCAGAUUUAUACAGACCUAUCUAUGUCCAGAUGUCUACAGCACCAGUGCUUUUUUGGCAACAGUUUUAUUUACUCUGAAGGAUGUGAAGAUGGCGCUGGGGGGUGUCACGAGGUGGGGGAGGAGUGGGAGGAGCGCUGUGUGACGUACACGUGCACCAAGACAACCACCGGAGGAUACAACUACUUCCAGCCCAUCGUCAGGAAUGCUCGGUGUCGCGAUGUGGAGGGGGACUGCCAUGAAACCGGGGCCUCCUUCAGCUAUCGUCUGCACGGCCGUCUGCACCACGACUGUCGCUGCAACAUUACGGACAACAGGAUCCUGUACCGCUGCUACUGACCAGUGGUCAGCUGCGGCCCGCCUUCUCAAGUAUCCACCAUUUGACGUGCAGUUUAUUUCCUUGCAUUCGUUAGCUCAACUUUGGAGGACUUUAGAAAACAGGAAAAAUGUUUGGUAUUUUCUUCUAGUUUGACCCAGGUCCACAGAAAUGUAUGGCUUGGAUGUAAGUCACUGAACCAUGCUCACACUUUCACUGUCGAGGCUAAG